GGGAAGGUGGGGGGAGCAGAUGCCGCUGGUUGCGCGCGGGAGCUGGGCGCUAGCAGAGCGCAGCCGCAAGGGAGGCGCGGGGGAGGCGAGCCGGAGCCGGAGCCCAAGCAGCAGCUAGUGUUGGCGGAGGGCACCCGGGCGCAGCUGGAGCAGCAGCCGCGAUGGCCGUGGCCGUGGGGAGACCAUCUAAUGAAGAGCUUCGAAACUUGUCUCUUUCUGGCCAUGUUGGAUUUGACAGUCUCCCCGACCAGCUGGUCAACAAGUCGACUUCUCAAGGAUUCUGUUUCAACAUCCUGUGUGUUGGCGAGACGGGCAUUGGCAAAUCCACGUUAAUGGACACUUUAUUCAACACCAAAUUUGAAAGUGACCCAGCUACUCACAAUGAACCAGGUGUCCGGUUAAAAGCCAGAAGUUAUGAGCUUCAGGAAAGCAAUGUACGGCUGAAGUUAACCAUCGUUGACACUGUGGGAUUUGGAGACCAGAUAAAUAAGGAUGACAGCUAUAAGCCGAUCGUGGAGUAUAUCGAUGCCCAGUUUGAGGCCUACUUGCAAGAGGAAUUGAAGAUCAAACGUUCUCUCUUCAACUACCACGACACCAGGAUCCACGCGUGCCUCUACUUCAUUGCCCCCACUGGACAUUCGCUGAAGUCCCUGGACCUGGUCACCAUGAAGAAGCUGGACAGUAAGGUGAACAUCAUUCCAAUAAUUGCAAAAGCUGACACCAUUGCCAAGAACGAAUUGCACAAAUUCAAGAGUAAGAUCAUGAGUGAACUAGUCAGCAAUGGAGUCCAGAUAUAUCAGUUCCCCACAGACGAAGAAACGGUGGCAGAAAUUAAUGCAACGAUGAGUGUCCACCUCCCUUUCGCAGUGGUCGGCAGCACCGAAGAGGUGAAGAUCGGCAACAAGAUGGCAAAGGCCAGGCAGUACCCCUGGGGUGUGGUGCAGGUUGAGAAUGAAAACCACUGUGAUUUCGUGAAGCUUCGGGAGAUGCUGAUCCGCGUGAACAUGGAAGACUUGCGAGAGCAGACGCACACCCGCCACUAUGAGCUGUAUCGGCGCUGUAAGCUCGAGGAGAUGGGCUUCAAGGACACCGACCCUGACAGCAAGCCCUUCAGUCUUCAGGAGACAUACGAAGCAAAAAGGAAUGAAUUUCUGGGAGAACUUCAGAAGAAAGAAGAAGAAAUGAGACAGAUGUUUGUCAUGAGAGUGAAGGAGAAAGAAGCUGAACUUAAAGAGGCAGAGAAAGAGCUCCACGAGAAGUUCGACCUCCUAAAGCGGACACACCAAGAAGAGAAGAAGAAAGUGGAAGACAAGAAGAAGGAACUGGAGGAGGAGGUGAACAAUUUCCAGAAGAAGAAGGCGGCAGCUCAGUUGCUACAGUCCCAGGCCCAGCAGUCUGGGGCCCAGCAAACCAAGAAAGACAAGGAUAAGAAAAAUGCAAGCUUCACAUAAAGCCUGGCAAGCCAAGGAUGGUCCGCAUUCACCUGCUUUUGCAGUAAUAUUGUAUCUCUGCCAUCUGUGUCCUUUUAUUUUGUUUUAUUUUUAUUUUUUUUCCCUUUCCCAGACACCAUAUAACUAUUAACUCAUUUUGCUGAAUGUUGUUCGGUGGUGGAAAAUGAUAGAACAAGGGGAUAACAGCAAAAGCUAUGUGCAGCCGGACUUUGUUUCUGGAAAGCAAAUGAUUUGCCUUUUAUGCCUGUUCAGAGUGGCAGCAGGAAGCAUGCCUGUUCUGUUACUUUUAUGUUGCUUUGGACCAAGGGAAGGAGGCUAAAUUGCUACAUGUACGUCUGACAGGAAAACUUUUCACCACCUUAGCAGCUGACUAUAAACCUGAAUAGCCAUGACCACUUGCUCUUCUUGAUUAUUCGUCUCCAUGACGCGAAAGGCCCUGAACUCCCUUUGUCUCUUCUUCACACCUGCCCCGAACCAAGGUAGCUUUGUAUGUAGGCAGAACGGUGGGUAAGCUUUACCUGACUUUUACCCUUGCGUGGAUUUUUUUUAUUACUAUAAUAACAUUAUUUGGGCUGGGUUGUGGGUCUGUUCAGACUGACUGUCUCCUCUUAUGGCUUUAAAAAUGUGUCUGAACCCCUGUGUCUCAAAUCCUGGCCAAGUGGGGUUGUAAUAAGAAAAUGAUGAGUCUUUUCCCUUGUGUCAGGGCAACCUUGGCGCUCUCACAGAUAGCCCUCUCCAAGGCUGGAUCAGACAACCUCGUUUAGCAGAAGGAUCUUUUACUAAGGAUGAUGGGCUUUCCACAACCUGCUUACUACUUACAAGAUCCAGUCUUUUCAUAAACACGCCUAAGUCUGCUCUCAGUAGGCUGAGAGAGGAGGGCCUAAUGACUGAUUCCAGGAUAUCGAGUGCUUCUAAUAACAGUUUUCAAUAAUUAUGAGGAGAAAUUUUCCAGAAAUAUUUAAGAUAGAAAAUCUGUUAUAAACUGUAUCAUCUGCAGCACAAGUUUGAGGGGGCCUUGUCAACUUAAGGUAGAAAUGGGAAGGAACAUAAUAUAAACCCACAAGUCAAGAAAGCAGAAAUUCAGCUUCACAUCCAGUUUCCUUGCAUAGUCUCUUUUUGAUAUUUGCAGUAAAGGCAUGAAGGAAUAGAACGGCUGGUCUUUCAAAUCCAGUUGUCUUGAAGGAAUUUCCUCACCUUUUCCUUCACCAAGACUAACUCUACCUGCUCUUUGCAUUUAAGGCCCAGUGCCCCAUCAACAAGGGUUAGGACUUAACCAUAUGGCAGGACAUAGACUACAUGCCAAAUUUGUAUGGAAAAGGGCAUAUCUAAUCUCUUUUCUGUACUUUUCCUUUUUGAGGCUUAUCCUUUCAUUUCCUUGAUUUUUUUCCCCUCUAAUAACAAGAUACUCGCAGCUUUCUAACUCCGUAGUCUCCUGUUUCUUACUUGAAAGAAUAACAUUUCUCAUGAACCUGAUACUUCACCUCUGCAUUUUCCUUUUGGCCUUCACUAGUCAUACAUUAAUCAAAUAGGAUAGAAUACACACACACUUACACACACUUUUUUUUUUUUUUUUAAUUAAUAAGUCUCUAGUUGAUUCCAAUGAAGACUUUUUUUCCCUUCUUUUUAUCCUCAACCACACUAUUAUGGGACAGAAGGAAUGGUCGUCCAUGAACUGAUUUAGGCGUAAUUAGGCAAAGUAAGAGAUCAGUUUCAUGGAAGCCGAAACUAAGCUGGGAUAGAAACUGCAAACCAGAAGCAGCAAUAGUGGUAUAAAGACAGGCUCAGGAGCUACUGGACCAAUGUUUUUGUUUUUGCUUUUGCUUUUUUAAUGAUUCUAGUCUGAAGCUGGCUAUUAGGCGGCAUGCUGAUUCUAACCAUGGGCUGAGUUUGCUCAGAUGCUGUGCACCAGACAGAAGCUUGAAUACUUUUGUUGUAUGCUUGUUCCAGCCAUUGCUUGUGUGAGCAUUUUCGUGCCUUGUAACAGGAAAUACACUUCUAAAUUCCAAAAAUGCAUCACUUUAAAAUUUUCAUUUUACAUGCAUCACUAAAGCCUUUUUAAAGUGAGCCUAGCCACGAAAGGCAUCCAGCUGACUUUUUGAUUCCAAGAUUGUUGAUUGAUUGGAUUGAUUUUUUUUUUCCCAUUAAAUUUUUCACAGAAAAAUAAAUCAUAUGGAGAGUCAGGGAAUAAAAAGUCAAAGAAAACAUAUAAAAGCUUUUUUAAAAAAUGCAUUGCUUCUGAACUUUUUUCUGCCCCUGCUCCCUGGCCCUAUUUGGUUUGUUAUUGCUGCCCUCUCUUCUUUCUGUAUCUGUGCCUUUUUUCACAGUAGUCCUUGGCUCUGCACGGAAUAAAUGAUACCCUCAAAUCUAAUUGGAUGUGCUUUCGCCUUUGCAUGUAAGUACGGCAGUAAGAAACCUUUGAGACCUUUUUGACUUUUUAAAAUUAGAGAAACAAAUGGGAUAGGUGGAUUUUUUGUUUCCCUGGAGGGGGGUAGGGAGGUAUUGGUUUGAGUAUCCUUUGUUUUUUUAAAAAACAAACAAAAAACCUAAAUAUAUUUAAAAUGGCUCACAUUUAUAUCUUUUUCCCAAGAAACACAGAGAUUUGACUUUUCCUUAAUAUCAGUGUGCAAGAAAGAAAUUACUAACCCCAGUCUGUGUUCUACACAGCAUUGUGGGUUCAUUGGAUAUUACAGAGGGGUCCUUGGUUUUUUUUUUUUUGGUUUUUAGUGUUUCAUUUUUUUUCUAGGUUUUUUAUUUUGUUUGGGUUUGGCGUUUUUUGUUUUUUGACUGCACCACGCGGCUUGUGGGAUAUUAGUUCCCUAACCAGGGAUUGAACCCGUGCCCUCGGCAGUGAGAGCGCGAAGUCCUAACCACUGGACUGCUGGGGAAUUCCCAGAGGGUCCUUGGUUCUGACUGUGUAAGUAAAGUUAGGAUGAGAAACUACUACCUUCCACUAGAGAAAAAGCAAGAGGAAAAAUUUUUUUUUUUUAUGCUAGGCUCCCUUUAUGAUCGCUUAAUUUUUGGUGACCUUGGUUUAAUGGUCUUUCCCUUGUGCUAACUACUGGCAGGGAUCACCUUUUUUUUUUUUUUUUUUUUUCAACCAUAAUGACCAUCUUUUUGCUUCUUCUGGACUUUAGAUACCCAUAACGGUUGUAAGUGCGGUAGGAUGUGAUGGAAAAGCACUUAGGAGAAUUUACUGGCAGUUUAGAGACUAUGUUUUCCCCACUUAGGCUCUUUAUUAAUUGGUCAAGGUUUUGUCCAGAAAGGGCACCUCAACCAGGGGAACAUUUAACAAAAUGCUGGGCACAGGUUACUCACCUUCCUUCUCUGCUUUGUGAUCUCACCAGCAGUAACACUUCACAUCUUGUGCACCUCAAAGACUCGGUUUCCUCACUUUCUUGACAUAUCCAUAAGUGUUUCAUAUACAAACUGUUGAAUUGGAUCUUUCAGCUGUUACCAACCCAUGUCAUACUGUCUCUGUGUGGUCCUACCAAAACUGUCCAUUCAGAUCCCUUUGCUUUCCCAUUUGCAAGUGUCUGAAGUUGUCAAGUCUCAGCUUCCAGAAGUCUCGGUUCCAUUGACAGGAUACAUAUGUGAUGACUCUUUGGGGGAAAUGAUGACGUACAAAGUCUAGAUUAUAUGUAGGUAUGAAGGGAAUUUUUAAAAUAAGUUGAAGAUUAAGCUGUGAACAGCAUUAGAACUUUGUCUAUUUCUUAAUUUUAAAAUAUGCUGAUAUGCCUUAAACUGUAGUUGUAGAUCAUUGUCAUUUUGCUGUUUGAAAAUAACCAAUGUGUUUUUAAAACUGUGUGUAAUCUACUUUCAGUGUUAAUGCAGAAUUGUCAUAUAUGUAAACUGCAUGUUAGACACUUGUCUUUUUUAAAAAACUAAAAUAAUUGUAUUGAUGUGAAGCAUAUCAUUUUUUCAAGUAUGAAAGUAAUCACUUAGCAAACUUGCUUGGUAAUUUGGUGUCUGUUAAGGUAGGAGAGUGGCGGACAGGUAAUCUAUGCAUAUAUCACUAGUGCCAAGACAUAAAGUGGGGGAAAAUAUAUUUUUACCCAAACAUUGUGUGCCCUUUUGUGAGUUCUUUUUAGUCACUGUUUGAUAUGCAAAUGUACACAUGCUUAUAAUGUUGGAUAAAAGAAGUGUAGGGAUGAAAGAGUCUCGUGUUUUCCUACCUUGUCUGGACUUCAAAUGCUACCAUCUGGGCAGCACCAGCUCCUCCAAGAUGCUUGCCACGUGAUGUCCUGUACGUCAUAUUACUGUCUCUGCCACCCUUUCUCCCUGACUCCCGUCCCCUUCCACCCUGACUAGCGCCCCACUGCCCCAGCCGAGGCGUCA